GCCGGCAGUCCAAUGGUAGCUACUGGAGGCCUGCUGGACCCGGGUUCCGCUUCAUGGCUCUCUCAACUCUUUGUCCUCUUUCCCCUCUUCGCCCUUCCAAGGCCGUAGAUUGGCUCCUCUGGCCCACAGCCACCGUCUCCUCGCGAUCCUCGCUCUCGACCCUACUUGUAGAUAAAAAUCCAUGGGGAUCGCCUCCUCCCUCGACCAUCUCAUGUCCAAUCGAGCCCACUUGGUCACCCUCUGGCGAUAUUGUGCCCUGGUCUGAAUCUAGCUGACAGAUACGAGCUGUCUCAGGGUUGUCACCCCCGUCCUCAUACCAGACACCGCAGAUUCUCGGUGCUAGCACUUUGUUGCGUGGUUUGCCACUUGCAUCUCCUCUUUUAUGGUCGAUACCGCCCCCCAAGGCAACUGCCCCAUAACGUUUUUCUACACCUUGUAGAGACGCUGGCUACGAUUGUACAUGCAUUAGCACUCGAAAGCCACCGAGGAUACUUGCUGUGCUACACUCGGUAUCGUUUUGUCUGUCUACCUGUUCAUCGGAAACGAUAUAGCUAGGCGACCAUUGGGACGCCACCCACUCCAGACCUAGAGAAACGGCCAUCGCAUCACGGGAAGCUAGCCAGGAGCGCAACUGGACCUCAGUACCUCAAUACCUUGCACAAUAUGCCACCAUUGCGAACCCCCUCGCGCGAAAAGCCGCCAAAGACUCAAAGAACCCAGGAAGAGAACCAGGAAAGAGCAUAUAUUGCCGCGUCGAGAAGGAGUGACCGAACUCUUGAGGCUCGAGUCGAAUCGGCACGGAGGGCUUCAGAAGUUCACAAACGAAGAACCGGGCGGGCACUCCGCAUCACCGCCGAGGAUGUCAUGAAUGAGGAGAUGUAUGAAGAAGAGGGGGACGACUUGCCAAUACAAUACCGACGCCUUACCGCCCAUCUGCAAACAAGUUCGGCUGAUUUCAAUCGUCGCUUCGCAGCUUACUUGACAUACCAGGUUGCAGCCCGGAGCGCACUAGAGCAGAUGGCUCGAGACCCUCAGGGCCAGUAUCCCAGUGGCGGACUGAACAUGUUUCCCUCUCCCAUGCUUCCUCCGCAUGCCAUGGCAUCGUCACUGGGGGCAUACCAACGGCCUGCUCCAUACCCUUCGCCUCAUCAACCCCAUUUUCCUCAGAAUAGUGGCAGGCGAUCGGAUUCUUUAACAACAGCACCCAAUCACCCAGAGUUAAUAUCGCCUUCGGCACCUGCGCCCCCUCCAGAUUCAAUGGACCAGAGGAAGUUGUCGAUUCCUGCCUCAACGCAGGUUGCAGACAACUUUCCCGGACAACAUAUAGGGGGUCAGGGCUCGAGAGCAAAUUUUGAAUUCCCACCACAGGCUCAAUCUGGCGCAUCUCCUCAGAGCAGAACAACUUCCUUCACGCCAUUGUGGCAAGACAUGGGGCCCUUCACCACCUCACUGCCUCCGGAGUCGCAGCAGAUGCUCGCACAUGCCCCUGGCUUUGACGUCAAUGAUCCUCUUUAUGCCAUGCUCAUGCGCGGCUCGGACCAGUACCUUAGCAAUUCAUACUACCCCUGGAAAACUACUCAGGGUUCUGUUAAAGGCAUGUCUGCCGGCGAUUCGGCGUACCAAGGAAUGAACGCCACGCUGGCGCCCGCUGCGCUUGAUAGUCCCCGCGAGGACAUACCCAAGCGCACGAGGACUUCCGCCUCAACAUCCACGGCCGCACAUACAUCUAUUUCUGCCGAACCUGCUGACACGAAAUCGCUUCAAACUUCAGAUUUGGAUUUUGUUCCUAAGCGGGAAAGCAGCGAGCCCAGCUUUUUUGCUGAUGCCGAUGGCCUAGACUCUGGUCAGGCGAGCCCUCCCGGUGACGGAUUCUGGGACCACUUUGUCAGGGACGGUAGCUGGGACGGUGGCGACAACGAAGCACCUGCCCACUCUAGUGGAGUCAACCCGGACAGUGCUGAUGUGAAUGUGAAAGUCGAGGCACAAGAUUGAGCCACGGAUUAAGGGGUAGUACCCUUUGUCACGUAGGAGCCGGUGCCUCGGUCACUGCUCCGUAUUUCUCUGUGAGUCCUUGAUGCUCCUUGAAGUGGGAAACAAGAAACAAGAAAUAGUGGAUUCGUCUUAGCCUGGCGUGGAUUGGAAUCAUGGUUUCAAGAGGCCACUUCCCAAGAAGCCAACUUCCAGUCGGAUUCGGUGCUCGAUAUGAAUGCUGUUCUGUGUGGAAGUCUAUCUGUGGUUUAUAAUAAAAUACCCAGGAUCUCAUGGAGUCUACAUGGUAAACGCACCAAAAAAAGAGAGAAGGG